AUGGCACUAAAUUUUUUCGACCAGUUUAUAAGCCCCACACUCCUAGGAUUACCCCUGAUAGCGCUAGCCCUUAUAUUUCCUUGAGUUCUUCUACCUACCCUUUCAUCCCGCUGACUUAAUAAUCGAUUACUUACACUCCAAAGCUGAUUUAUUAACCGAUUCACAUCCCAAUUACUCCUACCUAUUAAUUUAGGCGGUCACAAAUGAGCCCUUAUAUUCACAUCCCUUAUAAUUUUUAUUCUCACUCUCAACAUAAUAGGCCUCCUCCCCUACACAUUUACACCUACUACUCAACUCUCUCUUAAUAUAGGACUGGCAGUACCCUUAUGAUUAGCAACCGUUAUUAUUGGUAUACGUAAUCAACCGACACAUUCCUUAGGCCAUCUUCUUCCAGAAGGAACCCCCACACCCUUAAUUCCAGUUCUCAUUAUUAUUGAAACUAUUAGCCUAUUUAUUCGACCUCUAGCCCUUGGCGUCCGCCUGACUGCUAAUUUAACAGCAGGCCACCUACUGAUUCAACUUAUCGCCACAGCAGCCUUUAUUCUUCUACCUUUAAUACCUACAGUUGCUUUAAUAACAACCACUUUAUUAUUCCUACUAACACUCCUAGAAAUUGCUGUGGCUAUAAUUCAAGCGUACGUGUUUGUCCUAUUACUAAGUCUUUACUUACAAGAAAAUGUCUAA